CAGACAUUGCGUUAUGUAUUGUUUGUAUUGUUUGUAUUGUUUGAAGUAAUGGAUGAGAGGUGUGGGCGAAGAUGAGUGGACAGCGAGUGGACAAUCAAUGGGACAACGAAUGGGUGACAACUGUAUUGACGACAGUAUUGAGCACUGGAUAUAAUGUGUUGAAAACAGUGGUCCGACUGUUGAGGAAACGCAUAGUUUUGGCCAUUAUUUUCAGUCUUUCUUUCACUUACUGUUUGGUCUCAUUGUUGAGCCAAAAGAGCACCACUUCUGCCAUCAGUGCCAUCGAUGGCACUCUUGAGGACUACGAGACCGAUGUAGACAUCGAUCGCUUGCAACACAUUAUCAGACAAUCGCAACAUUUGUCGCACCAUUUGAUCCCAAGUGAUAAAAACGAUUCAAUGGAUUUGAAUGGAAACGACAAUCGCGUCAACUCUGAAGAGCAUGUGAUUAAAGACAUGAGUCGUGGUGUGGGAAGUGAUAUGAAGUGUCGUAACUCUAUUCAGGGCAAAGUCCUCAUUGCGGACGACAGGGGAAUGCUUUGUCACCGAAAGGAUGUGCUCUUAAGUGGUUGUUGUGAUGAGAAUAGCGUCAACACUAAACUAUACUCUUGUGAGACGUGUCAGAGCGGCGGGUGUUGUGCGAUAUACGAGUAUUGCAUCAGUUGUUGUCUCGACCCAAACAAGAAGCCAUUCCUCACCAAAAUUGUCUCUAAGAAGACUAGCGAUACAUUCAAUGUAUUGAUGGCCAGUAUUACCGAUCACUUUGAGCUGUGUUUGACCCGAUGUCGGACCAGCUCUGCGUCAGUACAACACGAGAAUUCAUAUCGCGAUCCAAAAGCCAAACACUGUUUCGGAGAAAUGAAUGACAAAAGCAUCUCAACUAACAAUUAACCACUUUUUGAUUAUGAUUAUAAUGAAUGUAUUGGAAAAGUUACAUGAAUUUGUAUAAUACAUGCGAUAAUAUUGAUGGCAAUGUGUUGGCGAUCAUCAAUCACUACGGUAUGGACUGAUAUGCAAUUUGUCGUACACUUCGACACAUGUGAGUGAAAGUUGAGUGCAAAUUAAUUUGAAAAGUUGUUGUAUUGAGAUAUUAAUGUCAAUAUUUAUUAAAUUGGUUUAAAUGGACCAAAAUAUAAUAAUUGUUGAGAUGUUUGCUCAACUACUGGGAGUACAGUAUAACUUGUAUACUGUAUUCAAAUAUAUUAUUAUGUUAAUGUAAUUUGAACAUGAACACAUAGUUAUAAUUAUACUAAAAAUAUCAUUUAUUUAACCAAC